AUGUCAACAAAAACAGCUACGACCACCACAACGGUAUCGGGGCGAGGUAGCUCCGGGGAGUUCGAUGUAACUUCCUUCGAGAAACGAUUGCGAGAUCUGAAGGAUACACAGGACAGCAUCCAGCAUCUAUCGAGCUGGUGUCUUUCGAGGCGGGCUCACCACAAAAAGAUUGUUAGCAGUUGGCUGAACGUGCUGAAGCAAGUUAAAAUCGAAAGCAGAUUAACGCUGUUCCACCUGGCCAAUGAUGUGAUACAGAACAGCAAGCGCAAAAACUACGAGUACGUCGAUAGUUGGGGAACGUACCUACAGAAAGCCACCACGCUGGUGCGAGACGAAAAGGUGAAGCAUAAGAUAUUGCGCAUUUUCAAAAUUUGGGAAGAGCGGGAAAUCUACAACGAAGAAUUCUUGAGCGAUCUGAACGGAUUGCUGAGCGUGACUACAUCGUCGGCCAAGAAGCUACAGCAGCAACAACAGCAACAGCAGCAGCAGCAGCAGCAGCAGCAACAGCAACAGCAGCAACAACAACAACAACAGCAGAAUGCAUCCAGCUCGAACCACAGUGGACCGACACUCGCAACUGGUCCGACGAAGCUGACAGAAGCCAAAUCCGUCGUUAGUGCGAGCAGUGCCCAGCUGGAUGUAGAUGACUAUCAAGCCUCCUAUCUGGUGAUGGCUGUGCGGGAAUGUGUCAAACACCAGAGCGAAACCGAUCACACGUUCAAGGGGCUGAACAAAAAGCCCCACGUCGAUGUGGAAGCGGUAAUGAACUCCAUCAAGGGUAAGGACCGUUCGAAGGUGGAAGAAAUCGAACUCGAAAUCGAUGAACAUUUGGCCCAGUACGAGAAUGUGGUGGAGGUUUUGAAGACGGAACAGAAAUCGCGCCAGGAUUUGCUAACCGUGCUGGAGCAGGCGAGUUCAUUCUACGAGAACCAGCGGACGGAAGUAAAGGUGGUGGUGAAUGCCUAUCGAAACUUUGGCAAUCGGCUGAAAAGUAUGAAGAAGAAGCUGGACGAGCUGACGGUAAGCUUGCCGAGCCCGAUACCAUCACCGGACAUCAAUGCACCGUCGCCGGUGCCCUCGGAUGGCGAUAACAUUUUGCCAAGCGAGGACAAUUACUUCCAGAUGCUACAGCAUCAUGGCAGUUACAUGGGCGGUGGUAACAUUUCUUUCGACAUGAACGACUUUACCCGCAGUGACUCUCCGAUGGUCAUGAACAGAGUACAACCGAUUCAAGUGAUACAUUCGCGUAAGGAACAAACGGAAGGGGUGAACGAUUUCCUGAAGACUUUUUUCCCCGAUCCAUCAGGUUACCAUGGGGCUCCGUCGGGCGCACAAAGUAUGUCGAGUGGCGGCGGUGGAGUUGUGCCGCCUUCGCAACCACCACCGGGCAUUGUACCGCAUCCGAUAGGUCCGUACGGUGGUGUUGCGGGAGGUGGUGGUGGUGGCGGCUUUAUAAAUCCUUGGGCAUCCUCGACACCACGUGGUCCACCCCCGGGAAGAGGAAAUAAUGGUGGCUAUGGUGGCAACAACAGACCUCCACCGUAUAGCGGUCAGCCAAUGGACUAUGGCGGCCCACAACAGUCACAGGGCAUUGGACGGAAUGCGGGAUCCGUUACGCAACCACUUCAACCACCGCCAUUACCGCCUAUCAACCUGGAUGCUUCGGAUGAUUACAACUCGACGUGGAAUAUGUCCAUGGGAUGGGAUGGAACGCAUGACUCCUCCGGUUUCCAGAGCUUGGAUGCUCCAGUCUCUCCGUCCCGCUACGAUCGCAAAGGAAUGAACAAUAGCGCUAUGCUGGUGGACUAUGGCGACGGCAGCAGUGGCGAUGGUGGACUGAUGCAAGACGUUGACCAUCGACAGCGGUCGAGUAAUCUGUCGAUGCCACCGUUUGCGAAAGACAAAGGUCGCCUUGCGGAUGUAGACCAUAGGAAUUUAAUCUCACUCACCGGAUCGCCCGGCGGUCCGCCACAGCUUAAAGAUGUGCACGAUCUGGAUGCCAUGGACGAUAGUUCGUCCUCUAGCAGCAUGCCGUUGGCGACGAUUGGCCAUGGUAUGCACAAACGGAAGGCACUUCCACAACCUGUACCUGCACCGGCGGUGCCAUCGAGUGAAUCGGGCGGCAGUAGAACUUCAAUUUGGGCAGCCCACGGAAAUGCAUUCUCGGCACCGUCGAACGAUAUCGAUCUGCGGUUGCUGCCACCGUCCUCUUCCACUGUGCCCUCGGCCCUGACCGUGAUACCUACGAUGGGUGAAGAUUCUGAGGCUGAUGGCGCCUCUCACAACGAUACAGGAGACGACACGAAUGAUCUCGAUCUCGAUAUGAGGAUAAAAUCGUUGGAAAAAACGAUCACGGCACAGUAUGCGAACAGUGCAGUACAUAACUCGGUACCGCAUCUCUCCAUCGACAGGCUCGGUGGACCGAACGACGGUGAUAACGACGAUAGCGUACAAUCGGUUGAAAGUGUGACGGCCCGUGAUGAGGGUGAUUUGCCUUCUCUGCAAACGCCGGUUUCACUGCUAGAGAUUGAUAGCUUUUUGCAAAAUUUUGAACGUGAAAACUUUGAAGAUUUUUCGAAACCACCAGCUUUACUGAUGAGCAACCAGACAGAAUCGUCCCAGUCACCACCAGCUACCUCAGAACAUUCCGGUUCGAUGGUAGGAGAUGUGAAGAGAAAUCCUUCGGACAACACCGAGAGUGUGGACAUGGAUCUAUCCGACGAGGAAAGCGAAGUAUUGCAACAAACGCAGCAAGAGGGAGUUAAAAGUUCACCUACACAAUCCACAGCCGCCUAUCAUCACGGGGCCGACGAAGGUAGCAGUGAUACGCCAUCAAUGGACGAUUCUGCCGCCAAGGACAACCAGGAGUGCGAUAACCCGUUAAUGCGACUACCGAUGAACAGUGUGGCCAAUGCCAAUAAUAACGGUGUUGGUGGCAGUAACAACAACAGCAAUGGUGGUCAUAAUCAACCGAGCCCGUUGUUACAACGACCUCCAUUGUUACCGGAUCCAACGUUCCCACCCGGUGCCGGUCCGAAGUGGGAUUUACCACCACCCAACCUGAUGAGUUUACCGACGAUGUUGGGUAACUUUAAUGCUGUAAUACCGCCGCCACCGACGCCCGGUGGGCUCGUGAACAAACUCACCCAACCACCGCCCGGUGCCGGUCAGAUAUGGGCCGAUCAGCCACCUCCAAACGGGCAGGCCGAUGUGGCCAACCGGUUCGGUACACCGAACCGCCCGCCACCUCCGCUGCCGUUCGGUUCGGGCAAUGGUGGUCAAAAAGUGGGCGGAGGUAAUUUCCGUGGUGGCGGAACGCCUCGUGGAGGGCGAGGUCAUAAUCGAGCACCGUACUUCCGUGGCGGAGGAUCGGGUGGUAUGCGUGCGAAUAUCGUCCCUGGGCUGAUGAUGGGUGGUCCCGGUGGUGGUCCAUUCGCGGGACCGGUGGUAGGCGGUACGGGUGGAUCACCGGGAAUGCGCGGUGGAUAUCAUCGAGGCGGUGGAAACAAAUUCCGCGGUGGUGGCGGAGGAGCCAACAACCGUACCGGUUGGUAA